AUGUCCAGCUCUCUCCAGUCAUGGGCGCUCCCCCGCCUUCAACCUCUCCUACCACUCCCCGAAGAAGACCUUCUUCAAGUGAUAACCUAUGCCGCGUCUCUCCCAUCUGCAGAACGAGUCGGCUCUCACUUCAAAGACCUCCUCGGCGAAGCCCCAGAAUCAUUAUCCUUUAUCUCCGAAUUCAACUCCCGCCUGUUUCCCCAAGCACCACAACCCGCACCAGGCCCUUCACAACCAUGGGGCGGCGAUGGCUCCUCUACAUCAAAGAAGAAAGGAAAGAAGGGCAAACCGCCAAUUGGGAAGUUUGCCCAGGCGCCCCGCCAGGUGGAGGACCAAUUCACGAAUCCAAGCAGCGUUUAUAUCAAGAAGGACCUUGAGGAGUAUUUUACUGGCUCCAAUAAGAAUUCACGAGCCCAAUCUCAGGACCCUACUCCCUCUGCGCCACAGCAUGCACCGAGCUCAUCUAAAUCGCUCGGAACACUCACAUCCGACCUCAAAAACGUAAAAACAAAGAAGGCAAAGCCACAGCAGCAAAAGGUUGUAGUAACAGGUGGAACAUCUAUGCGUGGUGUUUCAAAAGAACUUGAUGACCUCGAGUCGGCCCUCCGUACCCUCGAGAUGUCAACCAACCCUACAAUUGCCACAGAACGUCGAAAAUGCUCCUGCAUGGGUCUAAAACACGAAGUCUUUGCCGCCGCACCCAAUUGUCUUUCCUGCGGAAAGGUCAUCUGCAUCAAAGAGGGCCUUGGCCCAUGUACAUUCUGUAACACUCCGCUCAUAAGCUCCGAGGACAUCCAGUCCAUGGUCCGCGCGCUCCGCGACGAGCGUGGAAAAGAGAGAAUGGCGGUAGAUGCGGCACGGAAUAAGCGUCCUGAAGUUGCCAAAACUCCAAAACCAUUCUCCACAAACUCAAGCCCAAUACCGAGUGGCGAUGAAGGAGAUGGGCUCAAAAAGGCGAUGGCGCAUAGAGACCGACUGUUAGGUUUCCAGGCAAACAACGCCCAGAGAACUAAGAUCAUUGAUCAGGCAGCAGACUUUGAAACACCAAUAUCGACAGGGCUGAACCCAUGGGCGAAUCCACAGGAGCGUGCAUUGCAGCUGAAAAAGCAGCAGAAGAUUAUGCGGAUGAUGGACUGGAAUGCCAAGGAGGACUAUGAGAAACGGCGAGUAGUGGUCGCUAUUGACUUGAAGGGAAGAAAAAUAGUUAAGGAGAUGCGAGAUAUCGCACCUCCAGAGAUGAGUAGCGAAGAGGAGGAGGAAGUGAGCGAAUACGAUGAGAGACUCGAGAGAGGUGGUGCGCAAGCACUUGAGGCAAAGGGGAAAGGGAAAGGGAAAGGCACGGAAAGGGCAGGCCAAUACGCGCGAAAUCCACUCCUGAAAGGAAUGAUCAAACCUGUCUAUGACAGGGCGGCCGCUGACGGGAAGGGAAAAGGGAAGGAAAUAGGCGGCGGCAUUCCAAAGACUUGGAGAAGGGUACAGGACGAGUUGAAGAAUAACGAGGAUGUUAUCCUGGACGGAGGCAUUUAUGGAGGAGAGAGGGCCGAGAGAGGGACUGUUGGAGAGGAGCCUGCUUGUGGGUAG